CGCUAAAAUGGCACGACGGGACGUGAGCGAGAAUCCACGCGUGCCACCGCCAACGCCGCGCACGCCGAGACUCGAACGUGCCAUCGCUCCAGCGCGAAUCACUCGCAUCUUCACCGUCAUGUCCCGAAACGCCGCGUAAAAAGCUCCCGAGACGUAUUCCACCGCCAUGUUACGGCCGCAGCGAGACCCGGCAGCGAGGCUGGUGGAUCCGCGGAAGCUCCCGCAGCCGAUGGCGGCCCAGCAGCAGCAGCCGCCCCCGGCGUGGCCCCCAGCGCACCUUGGGGCCACGCCAGGGUCGCGCAACUCCACGGCGGCCGGGGCCCCGCACUCGCAGCAUGCAUUCCCGUGGGCGAUGACCGUCCUGGCCGUCGUGCUCAUCACCACCAUCGUGGUGGACGUCAUUGGCAACCUGCUCGUCAUCCUGUCCGUCUUCAGAAACAGGAAACUCAGGAAAACUGGAAACGCGUUUGUGGUGAGCCUGGCACUGGCUGACCUUCUGGUGGCCGUGUACCCGUAUCCGCUAAUACUAACGGCUAUCUUCCACGGCGGCUGGAUCGCGGGAUACCUGCACUGCCAGGUGAGCGGCUUCCUGAUUGGCCUGAGCGUGAUCGGCUCCAUCUUCAACAUCACGGGCAUCGCCAUUAACCGCUACUGCUACAUCUGCCACAGCCUGCGCUAUGACCGGCUGUUCUCGGGCGCCAACACCGUGUGCUACGUGGCUCUGGUUUGGGCGCUGACCGUGCUGGCCAUCGUACCCAACUGGUUCAUGGAGUCGCUGCAGUACGACCCGCGUGUCUACUCGUGCACCUUCGCCCAGUCGGUGAGCUCGGCGUACACCAUCGCCGUGGUGGUGGUCCACUUCGUGCUGCCCAUCGCCAUCGUCUGCUACUGCUACCUGCGCAUCUGGAUGCUGGUCAUCCGCGUGAGGCGCCGCGUCAAACCCGACUCGCGGCCCAAGCUCAAGCCGCACGACCUGCGCAACUUCCUCACCAUGUUCGUGGUCUUCGUGCUAUUCGCCGUGUGCUGGGCGCCGCUCAACCUCAUCGGUCUGGCAGUGGCGCUGGACCCGCGACUGGGCCGCGCCAUCCCCGAGUGGCUCUUCACCGCCAGCUACUUCAUGGCCUACUUCAACAGUUGUCUCAACGCUGUCAUCUACGGUGCGCUCAACCACAACUUCAGAAAGGAGUACAAGCGCAUCGUGCUCAUCGUAUUCAAGUUUCACUGUUGAGGGGGGUUGGCGGGGGGAUAGAAAUCCCUACAGGGAAGAUGGUGUCACUCUUAUUAUUAUUAAUCAGCAUGUAUUGUAUUGUAUUAAUACCAUCAAACUGUGAUGUUUUAUGCUUCCUCCUACGUGCCCAAACACAAGAUGUUUAAAAAUGGCAGGAACAUCUUGAUGGUGCUUUUUAGGACGAUGACAUCAUCAUCAUCUCACUUCAUUCUGAUCUUGUCUGGCAUUGUAAGAGAUGAAAAAAGGGGCUUUAUUUCACAACAUUAAGUGAGUUUUCUCGCCAUCUGAAGCUACAUUCAAGGACACGUGACAAAUAAGAAUUAACAAUUGUGCUCAUUGGAUGUAGUAACAAUUGACAAUUAAUAUUUAGACAUUGGGUCUAGUUCCUUCACGCCUCAUUAGUCACGUUCAGCAUAUCUGAUUCAACAGACUCUUUCGGGAGUCUGAUGCUGCCUUCAAGGAUGCUGGGGAAACUGAAAUUUACGUAAAUUGAUUAUUUAUACUCGUAAUCAAUGCAUUAGAUUUUUUUAAGAGGAACAUUUUAGAUUUUUUUUAAACGUUGACUUGAUUUUCCCACAAGGCUUACUAGUCACAUUCUGCAUAUGGAAUGAUGCUUUCAUAUAAACUGGGAAAGCUGAAAAUUCCACUUGAUAUCGCUACUUAGCUAUGAAAGACGAUAAACUAAAUUUGUGAUCAGUGAAAUAUUUUAGAUAUUCACCACAUUUCCCGCAAGUCUCACAAGAUCACUUUCUGCACAUCUAAUGCCACAUGCAAGGAAACUGGCAAAACAAUAACUUAAACAUACUCAGCCAUAAGAAUAAAAACAAUCCAGUAUUAAGGGGGGAAAAAUACAUUUCUGACAAGCCUCACAAGUCACGUUUUGCAUAUCGCAUGCUGCAUUGAAGGAAACCGUGAAAGUGGUGUACUUUCUGCUCAGCUA